AUGCGAUUCAAUGAGACGCCUUUUGAUCAAGUGUUUGAGGUCGGAGAUGAGUUGGGCAGCGGUCAAUUCGCAAUUGUAAGGAAAGUUCGGAGGAAAGAGUCGGGUGAAGAAUUCGCUGCGAAAUUUAUUCGAAAGCGUCGUUACGCAACGUCGAGACGUGGAGUUACGAGAGUCAAUAUUGAGAGAGAGGUCUCUGUGCUGAAAGCAGUGAGCGGUCACUCAAACGUUGUCGAGUUAAUCGACGUCUACGAGACGCCCGGCGAUGUCAUUCUUGUUUUAGAACUCGUCUCCGGCGGAGAGCUUUUCGAUCACGUCUGCGAGAAGGAAUAUCUCGACGAGGUGGAAACAGCAGCUUUCAUCAAACAAAUCCUUUUGGGAAUUCACCAUCUACACGCUCAAAAUAUCGUCCAUCUUGAUAUAAAGCCAGAAAACGUGAUGUUGAAGAAAAAGGGUGAAGCCCAAAUCAAAAUCAUUGAUUUCGGUCUCUCUCGACAGAUUCUUCCAGGGCAUCUCAUCAAAGAUAUGGUUGGAACGCCCGAGUUUGUUGCUCCGGAAGUCGUCAACUACGAGCCUCUCUCACCGGCAACCGAUAUGUGGGCUCUUGGUGUGCUCACUUACAUUCUACUCUCCGGUGGGAGUCCAUUCCUUGGUGAUACUAGAGAUGAGACUUUUUGCAACAUCACUGGUGUCAACUAUCAUUUUACGGAAAGAUAUUUCAAAAACACAUCACCAUUCGCGAAAGAUUUCAUCUCGAGACUUUUUGUGAGAGAUGCAAAGAAGAGAGCAACUGUCGAAGAGUGUUUAAGACAUCCUUGGAUUAGAGGGCCAGACGGUGACGAUGUUGAUGUGCGGAAAAAUGCGGCAAUCACCAUCUCCCAGAUUCAGGCGUUUAAAACGAGAUUGAAAUGGAGGAAAGCGAUCGACUUGGUGCUGGUGUGUUUGCGGACGACGAAAAGCGUGCGUUUAGCGAUGAAACAAGCAAUGGAGCUGAGUCGAUCGAUUGAGACAAGAUUUGAUAAGGAAGAACUCGUGAUAAGCGCGAUUUUGAUCGCUUGUGAAGAGGGGAAUUUGAAAGGGUUGAAUCAACUCUCGAAUUUGCAUCGUUUAGCCCCAAAUGCAGCUAAUAAGCUCGGCGAAUCGGCACUUCACGUGGCUGCUGGCUCGGGCCACCUCGAUCUUGUUCAUUAUUUGCAUAUGAAAGGAGCUGAACUGUCACCGAUUGACAAAAGAGGUGAUACCCCUCUUGCGUGGGCAUCACGUCACGGUCAUUCGGACAUUGUGAACCUCUUGGCCUCCGAGGGAGCCGAUGUGAAUUGCGCGAAUAUGUCCGGUGAGACGCCACUCCAUGUCGCUACUCGAUACGUGCAAAUGGACGUCGUGCAAGCAUUACUCGCUCGAGGAGCAGAUCAACACUUGCAAGAUGGACAAGGCGAGACUCCGUUGCACAUCGCCGCUUGGCAUGGCUACGCGCUGUUGUUGUCGAUUCUUUGCGCCUACGGUCCUCCAUUAAAACUCAGGAAUAAGAUCCCCUUGCAUGGAUCAGUAAUGGCCGCGUAUUUGUCCGAUCCGAUCAUCAACCCAGCUGCCCGAAGUCUCAAUCUCUUAACGAUCAAUGGAGUUGAUCAAGAUUUUGAUUCUGAACUCAAAACAAGCCCAAUUUCACCGUUUCCUUUACCCAAUGACUCACCACGACCUCGUGCCGCUGAUCAUGUCUCUUCGCUGUACGCGCCGCUCAAGAACCCCUAUCCAUCAACUUCAACUUUCAUCGCGAUGGUCUCCGAUAUGCAUCGAGCUUUUGAUAACGAAGAGCCGCUCUGUUGUGGGGACGACGAGACAUCACUUCAUUGUGCGGCUGCGAGAGGCCACCUUGAAUGUGUGACGAGUCUCCUUGAUGCUGGAGCUCCAGUUGAUGCUUUAGAUCAGACCGGUCAAACUGCUCUACAUCUGGCGCUUCGAAGAGGCCAUGUCGACAUCGCUCUCCUCUUGAUCACUCGUGGUUGCAGUCUCAAUGAGAGAGAUCAAUCCGGCGACACAGCUCUCCACUUGGCUGCCCGAUCCGGUUUACUGUCCGCCGUGCAGACUCUCUGCCAUUGUGGUGUUGAGGUCGAUGUGUCAAACAAUGCAUCAUUGUCUCCGCUGCACGUGGCCGCGAAAGAAGGCCACAUCGAGGUGGUGCGAGUGCUUUGUUUGGCUCGAGCUUCGAUCAACAAAAAGACAAAGGACGGACUGACGGCUGAGAUCAUUGCUUUGGCACAAGAGCAUACACACGUUGGAUCAUUGUUGGGAAAGAUGAAAAACGAAGCGACACGAGAACUCUACGUGGAGCAAUUGUGCUCGUUGGAUGUUCCGUUGCGACGAAUAAAGCUGAAAAUGUUUGGGCAUUCGACGAGUGGGAAAACGAGGCUUGUACAGGCUCUCGCGUCAACCCGGGGAAUCGGCUCUUUCAUCGAUGCGGUGUCAAGAAGAUUUUCGGACAAUAUCGCGGCAAAAGACGAGGGCCUCCACUCGGGUCAAGGCAGCUCUUUCUCUUCGGAAGCGAACAAUAACGCGAGCGAGCAAUGGUCAAAUGCAGCUCAUAAACCAUUGCACGGGAAUUACACACGCGGAAUCGAUGUACAAACGAUCAAUGCACAUGGCUGUGGAGAGUUCUCAGUGUGGGAAUUUGGAGGAUACGAGCCUUAUCACAUGGCUUACGAUCAUUUUGUUGGCAACACUGACUGUGUGCAUGUGAUCUUGUACAAAGCAACUGAUUCGACUGAGAUCCAGUACAAGCAAGUGCUGUAUUGGAUGAAUUUCUUGAAAGGUCGAGUGACGCCAAGUGAACCGAUUGGUCAUUGUGGGAUCAUUUCUCGUCGCUCAAAAGUCGUCAUCGUUGGCAGUCACGCGACGAAUCAGCAAUUCCCAUUAAAGAAUUUCGACGGUGAAUACCAAUCAUCGGACACUGAAGCAAUGCUGAAAACGGUUCGACUCCGAUUCGAGACACAUUUCGAUAUCUAUGACAAGCUAAUCCUUUUGGAUUCGACGAAUCCGUCUUGCGCUGGGAUGAAAGCUUUGCGUAAAUAUCUCACCGAAUCACGCACUUCAAUCUUGUCUAGAUUACAGAAACCCCUUGGCCUUCUCGAUGCCACCGUGCAAUCGCUGCAAUCCCUCCGGAAACAGCACUCCCAUUUCCCUGUUGUUACAUGGCCUCAUUUCUCGGCAAUCGUCCGCAAUGAGAUCAAUCCAUUGAGUGGAGACUCGCAUUGUCGGCAACUCAUCCAGCAAUUGCAAUUGAUCGGCGAAGUGGUUUAUCUGCGAGAUGAGACGGCAGAGCUCGACUAUGUCGUGUUGAAUCCGGAGUGGUUGGGUACGCACGUGAUUGGGCAACUUCUAUCAGCUGAGUUCUUGUCAAGAUGUCGCAUCACCGGCUGCUACUCCCUAGCGCAUUUCGCUCCGAUCUUCCCCGAGAUCACCGAGCCGGCCGAUCUCCUCCACAUCCUCGACACUCUCCAAUUGUGUGCUCCACUCGACUCCGAAGAUGAUAACACUUUCGAAUUCCCGGCUUUCAUUCUACUAGAGCCACCGAAAGAUGUUUGGAUGAAGGACAAACCGACGUAUGUCUAUGGAGGGGUGAGAGUGUUGCCGAUGAGAGGAAUGGAAAGAUCACUGCAAAGCACUUUCCCGAGGAUACAGGUGGCUCUCCGGCGCUCAAUGCACGAUUUUCAAGAUCCAAUGGACGCUGAUUUAGUGCAAUGGGCUGGCUGCAGCAAGAUGAGCUCUGGACAAAUGGAGGCGCUUAUUCGAUUACAUGGAGACGCUGUGGAGGUUUGUGUGCGCGGUCCUUCCGAACGAGCCACCUCGUGUUUCUAUUUCUUAGAAGAUGUCGUCAAUCUUGUCGAACAAACUGCUUCCGAGGUUGCCCCGGGGAUCGGUCUUGAGCGACACUUCCUCUCACCGAAACACUUGGCGGAUCACGUCUCCUCACCGGCCUCUUUCCCGCCUGAGUCAAUGAUGGCGAUGCAACAGGCUGAAUCAUUGAGAGUGAAAGGCACACAUGAUCUCGACGAACUCUUCACUGAUGUCGUUUGCUUUGGGAGCCGAGAAGUGGCACGAUUACUCACAUUGGGCAUCGACGUCGGUGUUGCCGAUCUGCAGUUGACGUCUCGUUGUGAGCUGGCCGCUUUGCUUGAUCCGCCCGAUGCAAUGGGCCGAGAUUGGAGCAUUCUCGCGGUCAAGCUAAACCUAACUGAUCAGGUACCCGAAGUGGACUCAACCGGUCAAUCGCUGUCUAGGACCGAUCAACUCUUGGCUGAAUGGGCAAUUCAACAUCCCGAGCAGGCGUCCGUCGGCAAAUUGUGCACAAUUCUUGCUGAGCUAGGCAGACAGGAUGCUCGAGAUGCUCUUUAUCGAACGGUUCCUCUAUAUUUAUUUGCUCCUUUAGACGAAGCUCCUCUUGGAAACGAUUGUGCUGAUUCUGGUGUCGUCUCUUCAAAUCACAGCUCAAGCGAGCACCGAUCGGCGAGCACAGUCUCUCGA